CAAGCAGUGGGAGUCUAAGAUGAAGAGGUGGAAGAACAGGCUCGUGUGACGGUAGUCGUGUAGUUCUUCUUGUUCGUUAAAAAUAAAUGCACCGAUUUUUGAGAAGUACAUCACCGUGGCUUUGUACAACUUCCGGGUGAACGGUGAACGAGGCCACACGACGAGCUAACGUCGGAGGAGAAGACAUCAAGCAGUAGUUGAAGAACGCUAGACUUCCAUUUCUGGCUCUGCAAAGCAGAAGCUGUCGAUUCCAAGAACAACGCAGCUUGUGCCUCGCUGGAGCAAAGAACAACUUUCACGGCCAGCAGCACCGAGUCGCCGAGUCGCGGAUCGGGAGACAAAAUCCAGUCGGAACUUCUACUUCCUCCCGCUCCACCUCCGACGAGCCCGAGCAUUUACUUCUCUCGGAAAGACGCGAGGAUUUCUGUGACGUCGUAGCAGAUCUAGUAGUAGUAGAACUUCUUCUUGUCCUGCUUAUCAACGACGAAAACCAUCAUGCCGGGCCUGGCAGGAGCUCUGCUGGCGGAUGGAUCCGCACUCGGCGGCUGCCGCAACAGUCUGGAGCAGGAGCACCAGGAUUUGCAACACACGACUCUGUACAACAACAAAGCCGCGGCAACUUCGUUUUUCGAGAACCCGAUAAACGGGACAAAUACUACGUCCAGUGGCCCGCUUGCACCAGUCGGAGUUCAUCACCAAAUCGCGAAAGGGACAACGACCAGGGCUAUUGAUUCCGCCGCGUCGACGUUCCUUGGAGCAGGAAGAACAUCCGGGGGAGGAAGCAGUAGUAGCAGUUUCUUUGGUGGCUGCAACCCCAACCGAGGUAGUUCAUCAUUCACAACUUCUGCGGUUGGUGGACGAACAAGUGGUCUUCUGCACACGAGGACAUCAUCAUCUCCACGAGCAAUGACGAGUUUUUUGACCACUUCCAACCCGCAUCUUGUUCGGAGAAACCGUCCACGAGUCCACGCCGAGAAAAGUCGAGUGGAGUCACGCAGCAUUUCCUCCAGUUCUUCUUCUUCUUUCCGUGAACAGUUUGGAGCGUCGGAUUCUCUCCACGGAGGUGGACGACCAGGACCACGACAGGUAUGGACAGCAAUUAAUAUCGCUGCAAUGUGUAGUUGAGUCAAGUCAAGCUAUGCAUUCUCGCAGCUAGUAGAAGUAGACGAGCAUGAACAAUCUUCAAAGAAGCAAAUUUUGAGCUGCCUGCCGAGGCCAGGAUGGUGUGACGUAGAGACAUGACAGACUACAAAUGACACUAGCAAUGAAGUCGAGUUGAUGGAGCAAUGAUGUGUGGCCAUUCUUCACGCAUGCAGUGAUAAACCAUACAUAGCCAUUUCUUGAGUCAUCGUUUUGCUACGAUAUUGCAAAUGCCUACAACAUCGUCCUCUUCCACCUCUUUCAUCCCGACGGCCGACCACAGUACCACCAAUACGCCAGUACCAUUUCCCGUCAAAGCAACUCGCGCAACCUCCGAUCAUCUGCCAGAGCAGACCACGUGUUGGAGGAGUCCACAACACCGCGCAGCCACCGCACCACGUGGCGUACACGGGAAGAAACGGAGUCCGACGUUAUCGAGAUGAAAAUUAUGUCUGUGUCAGUACGCUCGAAGCAAAAUUGCUACAUUCGAUCCACUUCAUCUACCGCAGUGCCUCUAAGAGGGGUGCGUUUUGUGAUUUUGAUCUACGUUGUUCCUGACGUUUUACAGCGUGCUUUAGGAAAUUGAAAUAGGAAGCGCAUUUCAAAAUCUGUGUUGCCAAAUCCACUUGGCCGCAUUCUUGCUGUAUAGAUAGGACAGAAAUUGCUUGGGACGGACUGGAGGACACAAGUUGCAUCUCAAUAAACUUGCUUUCGGCUUGGGUCUGCGCCUGCGGGUCGCCGAAAAAGUAGAACAAAACCCGCGCCCGCGGAACCAAACGUCGACGACAAAACUCUUUUCGGCGGAAUAGGUCCGCUAUGUGACGCAAAAGAAGUGUUGGGACCAAGCGGUAAAGGAUGGAGAGGGUGCUUCGAAGAGACGGCACGCAAAUCUAUUCACCCACCUCAUAUUGACGACGACGACGAUCGGAUUCAGCCAUCGUUUUGGCAAAGAAGGACGGAAUCAUUUGAAGACCAACAGAAAAUAAGACAGGAGGCGAAGUCGGAGUUGAUUAAGAAAUGGAUAGCCGAGCACGAAACAGAGCAUGAAGAAGCCGAGGAAAAUAGAAUAAGUGGGAAAGUACCGAGAACCCUUUGCAUCACGGCGGGAUUGAAGUUGGGGCGGUGUGUCUGGGGUUCGUCGCGAGGUGAUAUGCGGGAUGAAGGUUGUAGGUGCUCCUCCGACGCGUUUGUUUACGGUUACAAGGGAAAUAAGGAGAAAGAGUCAGAGCAGUUGGAGCUGUCGAAGAAGGAGAUUUUCGAAGAGCAGUUGUUAAUGUAUGCCACAGGAACAAAGCAAUGAGUUGUGAGGGAAGUGGAAAGAUACUGCCAUCAGCAGUUGUAUUUCGCAGUUUUCUUUCAAAGUACGCUCUCUGUAAGUAAAGCGAUGCUCCAAGAACUCCAUGUGUAUGCUGUUCAUAUCCACGUUCUGGUAGGAUCAAUCCCGACUUAACGAUCAGACCUUCCGUUUGCAUCGUCAAAGCUACCAACUCACAGCUUUGCGACAUCAUACAAUUCCAACGAACGAUAUACAAUAAUGGCACUACGUGAUACGGCGAUAAUUUUCGGAAGAUCCUCCGAUCAGUCCUAGAGACGCACAACGUCAACGUCAAGGAGCAGGAGAAGGGAGGAAGUUCGGCGGGUGAUGGAGAAGACAAUGGAGGAACAAAUCCGCCACCGGUAUCAACAAGUGAGGUGGAUGAAUUGAAGAAACCGCCGCCGAUUAUCACGGAUGUGGAUUUGAAGAAAGUGAAAUGGGAGGGUUACGGAGCGGUAGGGAAUAAUUGUACAAAUACCAAUAGAAAAGAUCGUCGCGAAGCGCAGAAUUACGAGAAAUCCAACUUGGACGUACUCUGCAGCGCAGAACACAGACAACCUGAUGUAGACGGGCAGCCGAUGACAAAACUCGGUAUUUGCGUAAACAGCUCCCCCUCCCGCCGGGAUCGGGACGGUGUUCUAAUUUCAGGCUGCGUAACUAGCAACCCGUCUUGGAAAUUCAGUGUUAGUGACAAGGUGGGGGGAGAAUGAGAAAUUUACAGGACGCACGACAACAUUCUUUUGUUCGGAGGAGGAGUCGGAACGUCGAGCAGCGUUGCACAUGACAAAAAAUACCAUGAUUGGGAAGGAAGAAAGAAUGCGGUGCGACACUUGAACAACCAAGAGCCGUCGGAAAAAAACCCGGUGGACUUGGCCUAUCCGAAUGACCCCAUUUAUCCACCUGAUGAACGUACGACAACAUGAUGAUGUUUAUUUAUUUCGCUUCUAGUUCUAUGAUCAACUUUGGGCUCGAUGCCGGUAUUUUGCUUUCGAUAUUAUCGGAUAUGGAUGCAUAUGGAUUGAGUUGAAUUUAUUUAUCCGUGAUGUUUUUCUUUUUCGCGAUACUUUUCCGAUGCGGAACACGAACGUGUAGGAAAGUAAAUGAUACACCCAGCUCUUCCGGCCUCUCCUGAAGCCAGCACAGUCCCGGACCCGGAGAAGCCAGCACCAUUAAGGGAACAAGUCGUCGCUGCUCCCGCCUCCCCCGAGGAGCCGCGAGGCGAAGAGACUCAGACUACAGAUACGCCGUAAACUCCUCGAAGAAGCGAUGAUGAGUAGUUCUCGUCGAAGUAACAUCUAGUACUACGCGCCAGUAGAAGUAGUGCAGACCACGUUGCCUGAUCUUGACCUCUUUUCUCCGGUUUCCGAUUCGUCGAUGGCAUCUUCCUUCGGGCUGAAAUAUACGGCUGGAGCCCUGGUUGGAUGAGGAGUUGGCGCGCUGAUGUUUUUUACUCCCGCCCCUGAAAUUAUCUGGCACAAAGAAAUGUAUGAUAUGAAAUACCGACUGAACUUUGUCGCUUCAUAUGGCAUUGAUUGUUGCUAUUGACAAAAUAAAACGGCAAGGGCGACUCACUGUUUCAAAAGUGCACUGCUUCAGAGCAUCAUCCUCGUCAUGCGGCUUCACCGAUAUUGACGGCAAGCAGAAG